CCGUCGUCGCCCUUCUUGCUUCGCUCAACACCAUGGCUGGCGCACUGUCAAACGCAAAGAAACACCUUCCCAAAGUCGCAGAUGAGGACCACGAGUCGCGCUUUGGCUCCGUCUUCGGUGUCUCUGGACCCGUCGUCAUCGCCGAGAAGAUGACCGGAGCUGCGAUGUACGAGCUCGUACGCGUCGGCCAUGAUGAGCUCGUGGGCGAGGUUAUUCGGAUAGACGCGGAUAAGGCUACUAUCCAGGUCUAUGAGGAGACCUCCGGAGUAACGGUCGGUGACCCUGUGUUGCGCACAGGGAAGCCUCUCAGUGUUGAGCUUGGACCGGGUCUCAUGUCAAAUAUCGUCGAUGGUAUCCAGAGACCGCUUCGGUCUAUCCAAGAACUAUCGAAGUCCAUCUACAUCCCUCGUGGUAUCAACACCGAAGCUCUUGACCGUUCACUACAGUGGGACUUUAGCCCUAUCAACUACAAGGUCGGCGACCACAUCUCUGGAGGAGAUAUCUAUGGAAAUGUAUACGAAAACUCGCUUGUCAACGAGCACAAGAUCAUGCUUCCUCCUCGCGCUCUCGGAACCAUCACCCACAUCGCUGAGAAGGGUAGCUAUGCUGUUGAUGACGUCGUACUGGAAACGGAGUUUGAAGGCAAGACCACGAAGCAUACAUUGAUGCAGGUCUGGCCGGUCCGCGCACCUCGGCCUGUGACGGAGAAGCACACUGCGGACUAUCCGCUCUUAACUGGGCAACGCAUCCUAGACGCACUUUUCCCUUGCGUACAGGGCGGAACUACCGCUAUCCCGGGUGCCUUCGGUUGUGGAAAAACUGUUAUUUCGCAGGCUUUGUCCAAGUUCUCGAACAGCGACAUUAUCAUCUACGUUGGUUGUGGUGAGCGUGGAAACGAGAUGGCCGAAGUCUUGAUGGAGUUCCCCGAACUCACAUUGGAAGUCGGUGACCGUCAAGAACCGAUCAUGAAGCGUACCACGCUCGUCGCCAACACGUCGAACAUGCCUGUCGCGGCGCGUGAGGCAUCCAUCUACACCGGUAUCACACUCGCAGAGUAUUUCCGUGACCAGGGCAGGAACGUCUCUAUGAUGGCUGACUCGACGUCACGAUGGGCCGAGGCGUUGCGUGAAAUCUCUGGUCGGUUGGCAGAAAUGCCUGCCGAUUCCGGUUACCCUGCCUACCUGGGUACCAAGCUUGCUAGCUUCUACGAACGUGCAGGAAAAGUGACCUGCUUGGGAAACCCCGUACGGCAGGGAACUGUCUCCAUCGUUGGCGCCGUCUCGCCUCCAGGUGGUGAUUUCUCCGAUCCAGUCACGUCUGCGACGCUUGGUAUCGUGCAGGUCUUCUGGGGUCUUGACAAGAAGCUCGCACAACGGAAGCACUUCCCCUCCGUCAACUGGAAUUUGUCCUACUCGAAGUACCUUAAGGUUCUCGACCCUCACUAUGAGACGACCGAGCCAGGCUUCGUCGAGCUGCGCACGAAGACUAAGGAGAUUCUUCAGAAGGAAGAUGAUCUCGCUGAGAUCGUGCAGCUCGUCGGCAAGAGCGCCCUCGGCGAGAGCGACAAGAUCACGUUGGAAGUGGCGCGUAUGCUCAAGGACGACUUCCUGCAACAGAAUGGUAUGAGCGAGUACGACCGGUUCUGCCCGUUCUACAAGACAAGCGCGAUGUUGCGGAACUUUGUGGCGUUCCACGACGCCGCCAUCAAGACUGUCUCGACGGGUGACAUCACCUUCGCCAAGAUCAGGGACUCUGCUGGUGAUAUCAUGUACAAGCUGUCCCAAAUGAAGUUCGAGUCGCCGUCGCAAGGGAAGGAUCCAAUCAAGCAGAAGAUGGACGCGCUUCACACCGAGAUCCAGGAGAAGUUCCGUCAGAUGGCAGAGUAAGAUACCCAGAAGACUUUCCGUGUUGUAGCGUCUCCGGCACAUCGUUUGUCCACGUCAUUGACCAAAUUUGCAUCCACCAUUAUUCUAUGGAACGCUGUGCAUCCCUGCCUCAUGUUAAUGAACCACCAAAGUCUCAUGAACAUCACGAGGUGCGUCUCACAGGU